AAACAUUAAUUUAGUUUAGCGUUAUAACAGAAUAGUUCAAUUACUAACUCUGAACCGUUUUUUAAGUGGUUAAUUAGUACCAGUUCUAACCAGAACAAAUGUAACUCGUAGUAAAUGUUCUCAAGAUUUAUUUACACGUAUUUCUGGUAUUUCUUAACGUUUAGUUGAAGAAACUAAACCGAAAAAAAUAAAUUCAAAACGAUUGUCCGACCUUCAAUAAAGCACUUACAUAAAUAUUUGUUAAUUAAGUCGAAAAAUAGUAAAACCCUUCAUAGAUUUUAAAGUAUAUCCAACUUAAGUCAGUAUUUUUUACAGUACGUCGUCAAUUAGUGAAACAGCCAUUCAAGAAAAGAAAAUCGUUCCUAUAAUCAAGAAAAGACUUUAUCAACAAGCAUCAUUUGGAAGUGAUGCAGAAAGAAUGCAUUGUGGAAGCAGUUCAGAAAGUAUAGGACCAUUUCCAGGGCGUACAAAAGUGAGUCCCGCUCCCGCAGUAAUUCCAGAGGUUAACGGGGAACGCGAAAUAAAAAUAAUUAAACCAUCAAAAGAUUACAAAUUCAGGGGAGAACGGGUCGUACUUGUUACGAAAAAUCAUUCUCCGUUUUUAGUAUGUUCCUUUAUUCCAUAUUCGAAAAGCUAUAAGUCAAGGGCCGAUGCAAGAAAGGAGGCCCAUCGCAAACGUCACAUAUCUGGUUCGCGCCCCUUAUCCGUAGGCGAUGGUUUAGACCCCUUUGAAAUGUUAGGCAUCGAAAGAGCUCCAGAUGAUCAGGUAUGAAUACAAAAUCAUAAUCAAGUUAUAUUAAUAAAGUCCAUGAUAAUAUUUAUUGUCAUUAAGUUUUGUUGCCAUAUAAGGAAACGAAUAACAGUAAACAUAAUGUGUAAAAGGAAUAAUUAACGAGUAUACAAUAGGUGUUAUUUUAUUUCACUUAUUUAACAGUGGUGUGAUAGGCUAUUAAAAGGAUGAAGUAAUUACUACUGCGAAAUACAGUAAACACUGGAUAAUGUGAACCGAGGAAAACAAUAGUUUACGUUAACGAAUGUUAUAUUUAAUGUGUAAUAAACUUUUAUAAUUAACAAAAUAAACAUGCAUAAAAACGUAAUUAUAAACGUAGCUGAGGAAUGAAACUUAUAUAAUCCUAAUUCGUUUCUAUUAGCAAAGUUUUCUUCAUAGUAUACGGGGCCGAACAUAAUUAAUAAUAAGCUGCUCACAUUAUGCGAAUUUUUGUUACGU